AUGGCGCAGAACGCCGCAGGGUGUGACAUCGAUGCAGAACAACAUGCUUCUCACAGUGAUGCUAUUGAAAUCCCCAAUGGCAAAUGGCACCCGUCUUUCUGUUCAGAGGACGCAGAUAUAAUACUCUGCUCGAAUGAUAACACACUCUUUCGUGUGCACUCUCACAUACUCAAACUGGCCUCGGGAUGGUUCCGUGGGAUGUUCACUCUUCCUCAGGGAUCUCCUGCCUCUGCAGGCCCUGACAUUAUCUCACUCGGCGAGAAUGAGGACGUCAUCGCCGGCCUCUUGAAGAUGAUUAGUGCUAUGGAGUCACCCGCACUUCAUUCUAUCGACCUCGUGGAGUCCAUACUUCUUGCCGCCGAGAAGUACGACAUGCCCGGGCCCGUCUCCAUCAUCCGCAUCGCACUCUCUAGCUCUUUCUUGGAAGCGUCUCCAGUCCGGCUGUACGGGAUCGCGUACCGCAGAGGUUGGAUGAGAGAGGCUAAACUGGCAUCCUCUCGCACCCUCACCCUCAACUUGUGCGAUCCGGUGGUGGCUGCCGAGUUAAGUGCCGUGGACAGCACCGCUGUAGUGCAGCUCAUACUCCUCCAUCGACGUAGAAAGGAUGUUCUCAAAGCCUUCUUGGACGAUGCCGCAAAUUUUGCGGCUAAUAGGACAACAGUGUGUAUGAACUGUGGCUCACAUGUUGGAAACGGUCAAUGGUUGGCCCUGAAGUACAGUUGGGUUGCAAGGAUGGACUACAAGCCGUUCGGAGUCGCACUUGAAGCUACUGAUCUGGAGUGCGAAGAGCUCAGGGCGGUCCUCGAGGCGCAGUGUGUCGACUGUGCAGGCUUUUUAUAUGAAGCCGCUACGACCAACCGCAACUUGCGGAUAGCGAUAGCAGCUCUGCCUCAAGUCGUAGAGGUGUGUUUCAGCACGAUUUCCCAACUGAGCAACUUCAAUAUUGACGGGACCGGAAUGUAG